AUGGGCCAGUCGUACUCAUUGUAUACGCUUGCAUGCCCACCACGGCAGGCGGUGGAGACGAUGAAGCUCGUGCUCACGAGGAAGGGCCGAACGAUGCGACCAGAGGUGGAGGGCGACGCUGUGAUGUCCACCUACCGUACCGCGCUAGGAGAACUCAUGGACUCGCUGCUUGGGUGCAUGGUGGCUGCGAACAUCACGGCAUCAGAGAUUGUGGUACUUCUGGAGGCGCUGAAGGCACCACCUGAAAAGGUGUUCGCUUUCACCGAGUUUCCGCUCAUCCCAACACGGGUUCCGUUGGGAGUGUCGCAGGACGAGCAUGGGCAGGUGUCGCGCGAGUGGCAUAUGCCGUACAUCGACGAUUUCAACGCGGAACUGCACGCCAAGAACGAGAAAGCGGUGGUGGUCGUACACAACCCUGCGCACGUGCUGACCGGAUGUGUGAAACGGACUAGCCACGUGGCGGGGUUCGUGGUGGAUGAGUUAACCCGAGUGCGAGUUGUGCAGACGUUUGGUGUGGUGCCGGCGUGUACGUUCACAGCCAUUAAUGGGGUGGUGGACGCGCUGAAAGCAGUGUUUCGGACGUGGUUCAUGCGCGACGCGGUCAGCAGCACCGAGUGGAUCCGGUAUGGUGUGUUUCCACGGCCUCCGCUGCACGAUGUCCUGUAUAAGCUGUUCAUGGCGGGCAAGUUGACGAUGCCGGGAACAAUACAGAGGAGCUGGUGGAGAGCCGGGUGUGUUCCGAAGGGGUGGUUGGCGCGUAUGGACUGCUUGAAGGGGAAAGCAGCGGCCGGCAUGUUCAAAUGUCUGGUGUUGGAUCUAACGCAUUUGCAGCUGGUCAUCGAGGAGUUUAAGAGCAAGUGCAGCAGCAGGGCGUUCAUGACGGCGUGGGAUUUCGUAGGGUGCGACGAAGACCUCCUGGAGAAGUGGAUGCCGGUAGGCGCAGGGGACAGCGGGCCGGGGGAGGAGAUCCCCGCAUACUUCUGCAUCCCCGAGGGGCCUCUGAUGCGAGAAAGUCGCAUUUGUCGCCGUGUGGGACGCAUGGUGCAUGGCGGCUUUGUAAUGGAGGCGGAGAGGUUGGGAAUACAUCCGCGCAACGUUCCAGAAGAGGUCGGUGUUGUCAAUGAGGAGGUGGUGAGCCGCCUUCGCCGCACGCCUACUAAGCGCACUCGGGGGGGCAGUACAAGCUCUGAAGGGGUUACCUCUGACGGAUCGGAGGAGGAAGUACACGUUCAGGCGGCGAGGGUGUUGUUCCCAAUGGAGGAUGACAAAGAUAGCGUUGUCCGUGUGGUCUAA